UAAAGUGAGAUAGAUAUAUAUUUGAUUUUUGUUUAAAGCAAGAAAGAGAGUUCUAAAACAGUCUAGUGCAGGAACAGAAAAUAGACUAUAUGUUGUCCCUUCUACCAUAUAAACCAGAUAAACUCUCUGAAGGAUCGCGCAAGGUCACAUUACAAGGAAAGAAAAAAAUUAGCAUCAAUCUGAUUGCUGUUACAUUCGUAUUUGUACAAGAUGAACAUGCGUAGGAGCGCACCUAACAUUUUAAUAUGUGGCACACCUGGCGUAGGCAAGAGUUUGAUGGCGCAUUUGUUGGAGGAAGAAACUAAACUAAAUUGGAUCGACGUCAGUAAAGUAGCUAUUGAGACUGGAUGUGUGAGAGAGUAUGACGAGGAAUUACAAUGCAGCGUAUUGGAUGAGGACGCGUUACUGAAACUUAUGGAGAAUUGGAUGAGAAAAGGAGGACAAAUCGUGGACUAUCACAGUGCCGACUUGUUCCCUGUAAGUUGGUUUGAUAUUGUGUUUGUGCUCAGAACAAACAAUACUAUUUUAUACGACCGUUUACAAGAAAGAGGUUAUAACAAGAAAAAACUACAGAGCAAUGUAGAAGCUGAAAUUUUUGAAAUUGUUGUCCAAGAAGCAAAAGAUUCAUUUGAGCCAGAAAUAGUGCAUGAACUAACAAACGAUACUCCAGAUGAGCUGAUAGUUAAUGUAGAUAGAAUAUGUCAGUGGGUAGAGCAAUGGAAAAUAGAUAAUAAGUAAAAGAACGAAAAUAUAUAUUAAGUAUUUCUUAUGUAGUCUUAUUUUCUCAUUAUUAAUCUCAUUAUUAAAGAAUAAAGGAUAUCAAUAAAUAA